AAGAGCACUUUGACAGGCCACGGUGUGUGUCUGCAGUUAAUUGUUUUAUAGAUGGUUCCCUGAAACGUGUCUGUUGAAAGCCACCUGUCUGGAAAAGGGCUACCUGACAUUCACAAAUAGCUAGUCUUUGUUCUGCCUGCCUUCCUCUCCCACCAGUUACAAUGGCAGCCGUGUCUGUAGCCAGUACUAACUUCGCCCUUGCGUUGUUCAAGAAGAUCACAGAGAAGAACAAAACGGGCAAUGUUUUGUACUCCCCUCUCAGCAUCUCAGCUGCGCUGGCCAUGGUUUUUCUGGGUGCCAGGGGCAACACUGCUACUCAGAUGUCAGAGACGAUGUGCUUCAACAAAGCUACGGGUGACAUCCAUGUUGGCUUCGGCAAACUCAUUCAUGACCUGAACCUGCAGGGAGCCCCAUACUCACUGAGCCUGGCCAAUCGCCUGUACGGAGAACAGUCUUACCAGUUUGUUGAGACUUUCCUCGGCGACACCAAGAAGCACUACGAUGCUGAGCUGGAGGCUGUGGACUUCAAGACCAAUGGGGAGACUUCCAGAAAGUACAUCAAUGCCUGGGUGGAGAAGCAGACCUCUGAGAAAAUAAAGGACCUGUUGCCGGAGGGGGUUGUCGACCACCUGACCAGACUGGUGUUGGUGAACGCCAUCUACUUCAAAGGCAACUGGUUUAAGAAGUUCAAGGAGGCCAGCACCAGCAAUGCCAUGUUCAAGCUGAACAAGAAUGUGAGUAAGCCAGUGAAAAUGAUGCAUCAGAUGGCCAAGUUCCCCCUAACCUUCAUCCCUGAGGUCAACUGCCAGAUCCUGUGUCUGCAAUACGAGGGGAACGAACUGAGCAUGUUCAUCAUGCUCCCCAGCGACAUGGAGGACCACAUCACUGGUCUGGAGAAGCUGGAGAAGCAGCUYACCUAUGAGAAAAUGGUGGAGUGGACCAGGCCUGACAUGAUGGAAGCGGUGGAGGUUCAGGUGGGCCUGCCUAAGUUCAAGCUGGAGGAGACCCUUGACCUGAAGGACUUGCUGAUCAGCAUGGGCAUGACGGACGCCUUCGACCUCUCCAAGGGCGACUUCUCGGGCAUGUCGCCCAGCAACGACUUGGAGCUGUCCGAGGUGGUGCACAAGGCCUUCGUGGAAGUCAACGAGGAGGGCACAGAGGCGGCGGCCGCCGUGGCCGCCAUCGUGGGGAUGCGCUGUGCCUUGAGGACCCCCACAUUUGUUGCCGACCACCCCUUUCUUUUCUUCAUCAGCCACAACAACACCGAGAGCAUUCUGUUCUAUGGUCGCUACUGCUCCCCUUAGGCGCCAACUGCAACUGGGACAUUCAACUUGAGGGGUUUUUAAAGGUAUAUACUGAAGCCGCUACAUCAAUAUCCCAUCUGUGCUUGGUGAUCUUUGUCAAUAAAAAAUUGAUUCGUUGAG